AUGCUCGCCCCAAUUCCCUCCCUCACAGCCCUAGCCCUAUCCCUCCUCGCAAACACGGCAACCAGCACAACAACCCAAGAAGAACCCCAACUCUUCGCCAAUGUCUCCCGCCUGAACACAGACGAUGCAUUCGCCCUAUUCAGCGAUAACGCAAGUCUCAACACGCGCGAGCUAACAUGCGGAAUUGGAUACACCGAAUGCGAAUACGACUCAAGCCGCUGCUGCAAACUCGGCAAGAAGUGCUGCGGGAAUGGGUACUGCGCGACGAUAGGCGAUACAUGCUGCACAGGCGGUGGAACAUGUCCCAUUGGAUAUAAAUGCUGUGACGGGACAGACGGGUGUGCGCCGCUAGGCGGGGAGUGCUGCUCUGGUGGGUAUUAUUGUCGUGUUGGGAAGAAGUGUCGGAUCUGGAAAGGGGAGAGGGUCUGUUGCAGUUCGGUGCUUGGAUGUGCUGGGGAGAAUGCCGGGGUUGGAUCUGAUGAUGGGAUUGGGUCUGGGGGGACUGUUACGGCGGAUGUUACGUCCUCGACGACGACAACACAGAGGGAGACGACUACGACUUAUGUUCGGGUUGAUUGGGAUUAUUACUAUACGACUAUCUACUGGACUUACUGGUACUACUACUGGACUUCUUUUGCUCCAUACACUGUUCAGACGGUUACUUCUACUAGGACCAGUACUCGCACUGUCUGGUCUGUUUAUGCGACGGACAGUGCUGUGGCGACGUCUUCGCUUGAGGAAAGGUCGUCUAGUUACACUUACUUCCCUCCUUACUCGGCGACUUCUCUUAAGAGCUCGUCGGAGCCUGUCACCUUGUCCGCAACGAGUGCUACUGCUCGGGCUGCGUCGGAUUCGACAGAUGAUGCGACUGGCCCAAGCCUUGGGGGAACUGCAUCGGAGCCAGGCGUUGGUGUUGCGGUGAGUGUGGGAGUUAGUGGGACUGGCAUCCUGGCUGCUGUCUUGGUUGCUGUGGUUGGCGGCUUGGCCUUUGGAUUGUGA